AUGACGUUUAGGUUUAUUACAGUCCCUUUGAAAAAAUCAAAAUCCCGUAAUGAAAAGUCGGAUGCCAAUUUUAACAAAGUACCUUUAUCAGUUAAAAAAAGUAUUGAAGAGAAAGGAAGGCUUUGCGUUUCAAAGUUUGAGAUGAUUUCCAAGGCGCUUGAAAAGGGAUCCAAGUAUAAGGAUACUCUUUGGAAAUCAGUCGAGGGGAGAGAGAAAAUGGUUAAAGACAUCAUAGAUACAGUGAAUUUAUACGAGAGUGAACUAGCGAAUUUAUUGUUUGAAUAUCCCGUAUUUGCAACCGGAUAUUAUUACUGUUGGGAAUCAUUUUUGGUGGAUAAUGGAAAUAUAUUCUAUGAUGAUUUUCGAUAUGAUUUACAAUGCAUGUACUUUAAUGUGGCGGCAAUGUUGAUGAAUAUCACGGAGUAUUUACUUUGUUGGCAGAUGACCCCUUCCAAUGCAUCGAUGCUGGAAAAAGAGUCAUAUCGACUUCUCUUGCAGGCUGCUGGAUAUUUUCGCCUUCUUCAAGAAAUGGCGCACGAUGUAAAAACAUAUUCUGUUGGCAUAACUGAAUUGAAACGUCCAGAUGAUAUCGAAGUAGAUUUUUUGGAAUUCUUUCGGCUUUUAGCUCUGACCCAAGCGCAGGAAAUUGGGGCAGCCAAGGCUAUUGAAAAACAAAUAAGCGGCGGGAAAUCAAUGGUGGUGAGGCUCUCACAUCAAGUUUUGAUUCUUUAUAAAGAAGCUCUAGGAAUUGCACAAAAUCAUAUUACCUCUUCUAAAAAUGAGUUUUUGGAUAUCUUGACAUUUGUUCAGUUGAAAGCCGAUGUGUUUGAAGCACUAACAUUUUCUCAUGCAGCUUCCGCCGUAUUUGACAAUAGCCCUAGUGAAGGUUUGUGGUUUGCUUCCCAGUCCGAUUUUUUUGCAAAAAUCGUCGUUAAUCAUCGUGACCAGGCAAGGACAAAAAAAAGAACUAUACCAUUUAGUGGAGAAGACCUUAUUCAGAAUUGCUGCGAUAUUGUGCAGAAAAAUUGUGAGCGAAUUACAAGGAUUAACUCGUUAGUUCAUCGAGUAAAACCUAAAGAAGGUCCACUGGCUCUUCCUCCAGCGUAUGAGUUGGCUCAAAUGAAGCAGGUCCAACUUCCUGCAAAAUUUCCUCAUCAAUUAACUCAGCCACCUGCGCAUUUGCCUCCUGCUGAGGGAGGCAACCAAGCUUUAGAUUACGCACAUAUGUUGUCCUGGAUUUCCAUUUGA